GGAUCAAAUGUAUUCAAGACCCAACGUUCUUUUGUCUCUACUUAUAACGCAUAUGUUGCCGGUCUGACACAAGAACAAAAUGAGUUGCGUGAAAUGGUUUAUAAUUUUUGCCAAAAAGAACUCGCACCUCGCGCGGCUGUUAUAGAUAAAGAGAAUUCUUUUCCAAUGGAUAUGUGGAAAAAAUUCGGAAAAAUGGGUCUAUUGGGUAUCACCGCUCCUGAAAAAUAUGGUGGACUAAAUUUAGGCUAUCUAGAACAUACAUUUGUUAUGGAGGAAAUAUCACGAGCAUCCGGAUCUGUCGCACUUUCAUAUGGAGCACAUUCUAAUCUUUGUGUUAAUCAAAUCGUUCGAAAUGGAAAUGAAGAGCAGAAACAAAAAUACCUGCCAAAGCUUAUAUCAGGCGAAUAUGUGGGUGCACUUGCCAUGUCAGAAUCAGGUUCUGGUUCGGAUGUGGUAUCAAUGCGCUUACGUGCUGAGAAAAAGGGGGAUAAAUAUGUUCUUAAUGGGAAUAAAAUGUGGAUAACGAACGGCCCUGAUGCAAAUGUUCUAGUUGUCUACGCUAAGACGGACCCAAAAGCAGGUUCACACGGUAUCACUGCUUUUUUAGUAGAGAAAGGUUUCAAAGGAUUCUCAACUGCGCAAAAACUUGAUAAGCUUGGAAUGCGUGGAUCUAAUACUUGUGAGCUUGUUUUCGAAGAUUGUGAAAUUCCAGCUACAAAUGUUUUGGGAGCUGAAGGUAAAGGUGUAUAUGUGCUAAUGAGUGGUUUAGAUUUGGAAAGAUUAGUCCUUUCAGGAGGGCC